GAAGAAGAAAUGCGGGUUUCUGGUUCCGGGUCGAGCGGCAGAAACGUCGUGUGAACGGCGCCACUAAACUGAAAGUUUCUCACAAAACUCCGCAGUUUGAGCGUUUUAAACCGAUUAGACUGAAACAUUUCUGUUUGAUUUUAACAACGAACCCGGACUGACGUGGAUUAAGGACAAAAUUCAAGGACUGGAGGAUGUCUCUUCCGAAGCGAGAGGUGGAGGAGUUGAGGCCUUGGGUGGAGCGAACCGUGAAGAAGGUUCUGGGUUUCUCUGAACCCACGGUGGUCACUGCAGCUCUGCACUGUGUGGGGAAGGGCCUGGACAAAAGGAAGACCACAGACCAGCUGCGUCCGUUCCUCGAUGACUCUGCUGGAGGUUUCGUUGAGCGUCUUUUUGAAGCGCUGGAGGAAAGUCGCAUCGCUCGUGGAAACAAAGGAGGAGGAGAGAAGAACCGCAAGAGAGACCUGAAGGACGUGUUCGGAGACGAGUCUGAACCAGGCGUCAUGCGGGAACUUCCGGAGUCUGUCGGAGGGACGACGGCGAAGAGGAAACGAGUUCCUCGCUUUGAGGAGGUGGAGGAGCCGGAGGUGAUUCCUGGACCUCCAGCUGAGAGCCCCGGCAUGCUGACCAAGAUGCAGAUCAAACAGAUGAUGGAAGCCGCCACCAGACAGAUAGAAGAGAGGAAGAAGCAGCUGAGCUUCUCCUCCGUCCCUGGAGCUGGAUCUCAGGCUGACUCCCCUCCAGUCUCGCGGCUCCUCAGCAGUUCUGCUGCCGGUGGGUCGUCCAUCGCCCCGUCUCAGGCCGCCAGCUUCAUGAACGACGCCAUUGAGAAGGCCCGGAAGGCGGCCGAGCUGCAGGCCCGCAUCCAGUCCCAGCUGGCCAUGAAGCCCGGCAUUCUGGGAGUUCUGGGGAACAGCGGGCCUCACAACCUGGUGGCUCUGGCUAACCUCCACGCCAUGGGCAUCGCCCCGCCGAAAGUAGAGAUUAAGGAGGUGAACAAGCCGACGCCUCUGAUUCUGGACGAGAAGGGACGAACCGUGGACGCCAGCGGGAAGGAGGUGGAGCUCACACAUCGGAUGCCCACGCUGAAAGCUAACAUCCGAGCGGUGAAACGGGAGCAGUUCCGUCAGCAGCUGAAGGAGAAACCCGGAGACGACCUGGAGUCCACUUCCUACUUCGACCACCGGGUUUCCAUCACACCGGCGCAGCGAGCCCGACGGGGCUUCAAGUUCCACGACCAGGGCCGCUUCGAGAAGAUCGCUCAGAGGAUCAGAACUAAGGCUCAGCUGGAACGGCUGCAGAAUGAAAUCGCUCAGGCGGCCAGGAAGACGGGAAUCCAGGCGUCGACCAAACUGGCUCUGAUCGCCCCGAAGAAAGAGAUCGGAGAAGGAGAGGUGCCCAGCAUCGAGUGGUGGGACUCGUACAUCCUGCCCUCCAACAUAGACAUAAACCCCGACACUAAGUUUGAAGAGUUUGAUCUGUUUGGUGUGACCAACCUGGUGGAGCAUCCGGCUCAGAUCAGUCCUCCAGUGGACACAGAUAAACCGGUAACGCUGGGCGUCUAUCUGACCAAGAAAGAACAGAAGAAGCUGAGAAGACAAACACGGAGGGAGGGUCAGAAAGAAGUUCAGGAGAAGGUCCGUCUGGGUCUGAUGCCUCCUCCAGAGCCUAAAGUACGGAUCUCCAACCUGAUGAGAGUUUUGGGGACGGAGGCGGUUCAGGAUCCCACCAAAGUGGAAGCUCACGUCAGAGCGCAGAUGGCCAAGAGGCAGAAGGCCCAUGAGGAGGCGAAUGCAGCUCGGAAGCUGACAGCAGAGCAGAGGAAAGAGAAGAAGGUGAAGAAGUUAAAAGAAGACCUGACAGACGGCGUUCACAUCGCGGUGUACAGGAUCCGGAACCUGCAGAACCCUGCUAAGAAGUUCAAGGUGGAGGCCAACGCCAACCAGCUGUACCUGACAGGAACCGUGGUUCUGCACAAAGAUGUCAACCUGGUGGUGGUGGAAGGAGGCCCAAAAUCCCAGAAGAAGUUCAAGAGGCUGAUGAUGCACCGAAUCAAAUGGGAGGAACACAACAGCAAACGAGACGACCCAGACGGAGACGACGACACCAAGAGGAACAACAGAUGCUGGUUGAUCUGGGAGGGAACGGCUAAAGAGCGAAGCUUUGGGGACAUGAAGUUCAAGCAGUGUCCUACAGAGAGCAUGGCCCGGGAACACUUCAAGAAGCACGGAACCGAACAUUACUGGGACCUGGCUCUGAGUCAGAGUGUCCUGGAGCCCACGGACGACUGAAGCUGGAGGGAGAGCUCAGGUCCUUCAGUCCCUCAUUUCACUCCUUAAUUCCUAUCCCCUAUCCCUCCUUCCUCUCCUCCUUCCUUCUCUCCUUCCUUCCUUGGUUCCCAGACCCUUGGUGGCCCGUUGGUCGUCGGCUGGAUCCCCCAGAGACUUGAACCUGGAGCCGUGUGUGUGUGUGUGUGUGUGUGUGUGUGUGUGUGUGUGUGUGUGUGUGUGUGUGUGUGUGUGUGUGUGUGUGUGUGUGUGUGUGUGUGUGUGUGUGUGUGUGUGUGUGUGUGUGUGUGUGUGUGUGUGUGUGUGUGUGUGUGUGUGUGUGUGUGUGUGUGGCUGUGGAUCCGGCUGUUUGUCGGCUUCUCUGAUGUUAUCUCUGAAUGAAUGGAUGCAGUCUGACAGAUUGUGAUGAUUGUGUUACGAGCAGAAGAACCUCCACUGAUGACAAACGGUGAACCAACACAAUGAGAAUGAAGCUGAAGGACCCGAGGUGGUGAUGUUACAGAGUUUAAAAGCUCUCCUUUUAGUUUUUCUUUUUCAGAAAUGAGCUGUUUGUCUGUAACUCAGAGGAUGAAAUAAACCAAAUCUAACCGA